GGAGGAGACGCACCUCCCCGGAUCUAGCGAUGCUUUUAGACUGUGCAAUCAUGCUUGCUGCUGCUGAGCACUUUAGUUCUGGCGUCGGAAAGGUCCCGGAACCGAGCCCUGCCUCCAAUUAACACAGGGAGGGGAGCAAGAAUGUCCCAGGCCGCCCCUCCCCACCCAACGGGGCCACGUGAUUCAAGAAGCCGCCGGCUGCCCUGGAGAGGGUAGCUCCUCCCCGGGAACGCGGCAGGCGAUGGGAAGGGCCCGCAGUGACGCGGUCCCGGUCCCCCUUCCUGGACAGGGGCAGGAGGAAGAAUUGAGGCGGAGCGAGCUUGCGGGCAGGCGAGUGGGUGGCAGCAGACGCCCAGAUCGGGGUUCUCUGCUGCUUCUCCAAGCGCGCCUUGGGCGCUGCGUCGCGUCCCGUCCCGUCGCUUUCCCCCUCCCGCUGCCUGUGUGAAUCGAGGCUUCGGAGGAGAAAGCAGGCUCCGGAUGCCGUUCCCCGGCGGCUUGUGGUGGCUGCUGUGCUGCAGGCAAGGAUUCACUCUGCUCCGGCGGGACUAUGGCGAAGCAGGCAAGGGGGCGGCGGACGAAGAGGAAGCCGAGGAGUCCUUCGAGCUGCGCAGUCAAAGCAACCAGGAGGGACCUACCUCACAGGUGACCCUCAUUCAGCCCAGUCGUGCUAGCACUGAUUCUGAAAGGUCUUUGCCAGCGGCUGAAGAAAUGUGCAGUCUUAUCGCAGAGAAGAAGUGUGGGAGGGUGCAAGAUGAGCCUGAUGCCAUCAUAAAAGGCUGGCUGCAGCGAGAGGUGCGAGGAGGUGUCAAGACCCCCUGGCUGCGUCCCCGCAAGUACUGGUUUGUGCUGACACAGGAUUCCCUUGACUACUACAGUGGGUGUGACGUGAGCGCCCGGCGUCUUGGGUCUCUUGUCCUCACCAGCCUCUGCUCUGUGCUGUGGCCUGACAAACAGACCUACAAGGAGACAGGAUACUGGGCAGUGACAGUUUUCGGCAGGAAGCACUGUUACCGGCUCUACACCGAGCACUUAAAUGAGGCUGUGCAUUGGGUGUGUGCUCUGCAGAAGGUCAUCGUCAGCAAAGCUCCUGUGCAGACCCCCACCCAGCUGCUCAUGUAUGACAUUGAGGAGAAUCGCAAUAGCCCAGAAAUUCUAGAGCACAUUUAUCACAAUAACUCCAUCCUGUGCUACACGGCUGGUCCAAUCUAUGCCCCACUGCUGCCAUUCCCUUAUGGAGUGGGUGAAAAUACAGCUCCUUGUGGCCGAGGCUACGCAGCACUUCGCGAUGAAGCCAUCAAGCUGUUCCACUCUCUGCAGCAGCUAGAGGGGGUGCGGGAGCCAGCCCUGCUCAUGCAGGGGGUGCUGCAAACUUGCCGUGAUCUCCCACCCCUCGUGGAUGAGAUUUACUGCCAGCUAGUGAAGCAGACAACAGAACCGCCCACACCAGGUGCACCCACAGACCUGCGCUACUGGCAGCUGCUCACUUGCAUGAGCUGUACAUUUUUGCCUUCCCCUCCUGUAUUAAGCUACCUGCAUCUGCAUCUGCAGCGUACAGAGAACCAUUUCCCUGGAUCAGAGAUGGCCCAGUAUGGACACUUCAUCACAGAGGCUCUACGCAAGACCAAGGGGCGGGAGUGCGUGCCCUCACUGGAUGAGAUUGAAGGGCUGAUGGGACGCCAGGAAAUGAUGUGCACCGUGCAUUGCCCUGGCACUGCUGCCUGCCAUGUGGCCAUCAGUUCUCACACCACGGCCCAGGAGGUGGCCCAGGAAUUGAGGUCGCGCCUGGGCCUGGUAUGUAGCCCCAACUCGUUUGCCCUCUAUGAGGAGAGCUGGCAGCAGGAGUGCCCCCUUCCAGAGGAUGUACUGGUGGUAGACGUCCUUGCCCGGUUUGAAAACUUAGCUGGGGAAGAGCCACACCGGAAACCCCCUGGGAGACUGUGGUUCAGACAUUAUGGAUGCCUGGACAAGGACAGUGUCCCCCGCAACAGCCAGGAGUUUGUACUGUUGUUUGAGCAGGCCCACAAGCUGGUCCUCCGUGGCUGUGUGCCUGCCUCUGAGGAGACACUCCACUCUUUGGCUGCUUUACGCUUGCAGAGCCUGAAUGGUGACUUCUCUACCCACAUGCCCUUCCCUUGCCUGGACCAGCUCUUCCCUCCUGGCCUGCUACACUCCCGCCUGAGUCCCCUGCCCUCGCCACCCUCUAACCCCAAGGUCUUUCCCGCCACCCGGGGAUUUCUCGCUGGGGCGUUCUCAGCUGGACUGUGGGGUGGCCCUUCUCUGGCCAAGCAGCAGGUAGAAUGGAAGCAACAUCUGCGUGACCGUCUCCGGGAGGAGGCAGUCUCUGUGAUGGGAGCAAUCAUGGACAGAUGGAAGCAGCUAGAGGGAAUGGGUCAGCUGGAGGCCAUGGCUGCCUACAUCGACCUGGUGGGCGAGUGGUCAGCUUUUGGCUCUGCUCCCUUUGAUGUAGAGGCUCAUCUGGCAAGGGAGGUUGUGCAACUCCUACAGGCAUAUGUGACCAGCAGCAAGCCUCAGCUGGAGACACCCAGCACCCCAGUGGCUGCACUCCAACAGCAGGGACUACACCCACCCACCAGGCUACCAGAAAUGGGACCUUUUUUGAACUGACUGGCUCCUCUUGCCCUGCUAGCAGACUUGUAGUCCAGGACCAGUGCCUUCUCCAGUCAGAUAUCUGCAGCAGGGGCACCAGUGGUACUUUAUGCUCCUAAGGAGCUGCUAACUAAGUUCUCUCUUGUUCGGAGGGGGUGCCCCACCCCACAGACUUGUGUAAAAAUAUAUUUAUAGAAGUAGAUGUUCUCCCUGUUCUGCUCCCUUCUAGCACUUACGCCUAACAAAGCUGCAGGCAGCUUUGUUUCUCUUCCCACACUUCAGAGCAGCUGGCCUCUAUGCACUGGACACCAUCUUCCACUUUACACCCCAGCUGCCAAAGGCCAGCAGAGGAGUUAUGGAACCCAGAAGCAGAACCUACCUAGGCCAGCCCUGUUGUUAGUCUCCUGUACACAAUUUUUUUUAAAAAAUAAACAGGAAAAGAGA